CCGAGCGGCCGCAGGAGACACCGAGAGGGGAGACCCGGCCUGCCUGCCUGCCUGCCUGGGCUCCACGGUACCAGGAACGGCACCAGGAACGCUCCCACUGACGGUGACGUGAUGUGAUGCGAUGCUGCGCGGGAUCACGGUAACGUAAGAGCAGCAGGAGGAGCAGGCGGAGCAGGAGGAGCACUGACGGCCUGAUCGGUACCGGGAGGAGAGGAACGCAUCCGAGCCGCGCACCGGAGCCCGCUGCUGGUACCGACCCGAUCUGAUGUGAGGCUGCGGGGAUGGAGGGGUAGGCAGGGAGGAGGCGAGAGGAGCGGAGCGACCGACGGAACAUAACGGAGGAGAGAGGAGGAGCAGGAGGAGGAGGAGGAUGAAUCCAGCAGAAGGAGGAGGAGAAGCGGGCCAGGACGGCCUGGCGACCGCAGGUUCUGGUAAAGCAGAGACUGUUCGGGCGGUGGAUGUCCUGACGGUGCUCAGAGAGAAAGUGGCCUUUGUAUCGGGUGGACGAGACAAACGAGGCGGACCGAUUCUGACCUUUCCGGCACGGACCAAUCAUGAUCGAAUAAAACAGGAAGAUCUCAGCCGACUUGUAACCUACCUGUCAACCAUACCCAGUGAGGACGUGCGUGCGCGUGGCUUCACCGUGGUGGUGGACAUGCGUGGCAGUAAGUGGGACAGCGUGAAGCCGGUGCUGAGGACUUUGCAGGAGUCGUUUUCCUCCAACAUCCACACAGCGCUCCUCAUCAAACCAGACACCUUCUGGCAGAAACACAAGACUAACCUGGGCAGCGCCAAGUUUAGCUUCGAGACCAGCCUGGUGUCGGUGGAGGGUCUUUCUCGGCUCAUCGACCCCUCCCAGCUGACGGCGGAUCUUGGUGGCUCGUUGGAGUACGACCAUGUUGAGUGGACGGAGCUUCGUCUGGGCCUGGAGGAGUUCUCAGGGGCUGCCACGCAACUGCUGGCUCAGCUGGAACAGCUGGAGGCCGGGUUGAGCCGCAUACCAGAGCCUAAGGACGUAGACGAGGCCCGCAAACUUUUAGAGGAACACAAUCGUCUCCGUAACACAAUCGCCACGGCGCCAGUAGAUGCCCUGGACAGGGAAGGGAAGAGUUUGCUCCAGCGAAUGCGCCUAGGUCCUUCACACGGUGAUGGAUCCACCGAGGGCGGCGGCGGCGGCGGCACCUGGCUGUCAGGGGGGGCAGACUUCCAGAGCGUGGCCCCAAAGGUUUCCUCUCUGCUGGACCGGCUGCAGACCGGUCGUACCCACCUGCUCCAGAUUUGGAGCGACAAAAAGCUACACUUAGACCAGGGUCUGCAGUUGCACCUGUUCGAGCAGGACGCCACUAAGAUGUCAGAGUGGAUUGCCCACAGUAAAGAGCUGUUUCUGCAGAGCGUCACAGAGGUCGGGCAAAACCACCAGCACGCUCUUGACCUACAAACGCAACACCAGCACUUCACCGCCAACUGCAUGAACGGCAGCGUAAACGUGGACAGCGUGGUCACCGUGGCGGCGAGGCUCGCUGAGGCGGGUCACUAUGGCGCAGAGCGGAUCGCUUUGGUGUCGUCACGGUUACAGGAUGACUGGAAGUCCCUGACGACCACCCUGGAGGAGCGCAGCAACAUGCUGGCCAUGGCAACCGGUUUCCACCAAGGGGCGGAGCAGUUUCUCCUCCGGGUGGAGGGGUGGGUUAAAAUGUGUUCUGAGGGAUCCCUACCGACGGCAACAGCGGAGCUGGAGGCGGCAACUAAAAAGCAUCAGGAACUCAAUGAGGAGAUAUCCGCCAACUACACGCAGGUGAGUGAAAGUGGCAAAGCCUUAAUGGACGUCCUACAACGCAACUCUACGAGCGAGUCCAAUGAGUCGGCCAUCAAACCGGACUUCACCCCCGCCACGCACACCAUCAUGGGAGUCCUGCACCAAGUGAUGCAGGGUCACCAUGAGGUGGAGGGAGCCUGGCAGCACAGGAAGCUCCGCCUCCACCAGCGCCUGCAGCUCUGCGUGUUUCAGCAAGAUGUGAAACAGGUGCUGGAUUGGGUGGAGCAGCAUGGGGAGGUUUUCCUCAACAAACACACCGGCGUGGGGAAGUCUCUCCACCGAGCGCGGGCGCUGCAGAAACGCCACGACGACUUCCAGCAGGUCGCUCAGAACACCUACACCAACGCUGAGAAGCUCCUGGAGGCUGCAGACCAGCUGGCCCAGUCUGGAGAGUGCGAGGAGGAGGAGAUCUACCAGGCAGCCAGAGACCUGGAGCUCCGCAUGCAGGCCUUCAUCCAGCGGGUGGAGCAGAGGAAGCUGCUGCUGGACCUCGCCGUGUCCUUCUACACCCACACUAAGGAGCUGUCCGUGUGGAUGGAGGGCCUCCAGAAGCAGCUCUCCUCAGACCUCCUGGUGUGUCCGGACACCGUGGAGGCCCUGCAGGCUCUGAUCAGCCAGCAGCAGCAGCAGCAGGCCAACACACAGGAAGCUGCGAUGAGUGUCAUCCGGGAAGGAGAGGACCUCAUCCUGCAACUCAGGCCCCAGGGCAGCUCUGUGGCCCAUGUGGAGUCAGUGUUGCAGCAGCUGGAGGAAUCCCACGCUCAACUUGAGGAGCUUUUCCACCAGAAGAAGAUCCGACUCGACAUUUACCUGCAGUUCCGCAUCCUGCAACAGUGCACUCUAGAGGUAACUGGUGAGAUGGAUGCCUGGAAACAGGAUCUCCAAAAACAGUCCCAGGACUUUUCAGCUGACAAGCUAACGUCUCCACGGCUAGCUGAGACGAACCCGGACCAGCUGGCCCAGGACAAACUGGCCCUAGGCCAGUCGCGUCUAGCAGAGGCGACUCCUGAAGCGUUAACGUUGGCACAGCAGCGUAUUCACAGGCACAUGGAGCGAAGGCUGGCUAUGAACAACAUGAUUUAUGAGGUGAUCCAGCAGGGACAUGAUCUUCAGCAGUAUAUCACAGAGGUCCAGGCGUCAGGUAGGGUGUGUGGGGUGCUGGAGAGUCUGGAGCAGGAGUACCGCAGGGAGGAGGACUGGUGUGCAGGAGGAGAAAGGCAGCCUGAGCAGCUCCUGCCGCUCAUUAGCAAACACAUGGAGCAAAAGGAGGCGUUCCUCAAGGCAUGCACGCUGGCACGACGGAACGCCGAGGUUUUCCUCAAGUACAUCCAUCGAAACAGCGUCACCAUGGCCAACAUCUCCGGUCACAACGUCACGGUCUCCGCGGUUACGGGGGUCACAGAAGUUACCGGACACUCCAGAGUCCCGGAGCAGCAAGUGAAAGGUAUCCUCAGUGAGCUGCUGCAGAGAGAAAACAGAGUUCUUCAUUUCUGGACUUUGAAGAAACGCAGACUGGAUCAGUGUCAGCAGUACCUGAUGUUCCAGAACCACGCCCAGCAGGCUCUUGAAUGGCUGCAGCAGUCAGGUGACCACUACCUGGCCACGCACACCUCAGCGGGAGCCUCCGUGGCCGAAACGCAGGAGCUGCUCAACCAACACAGAGAGUUCUGCAUUUCUGCAAAGCAUACGCAGGAAAAGGUUCACCUGCUGAUCCAGCUGGCUGAAAGCAUGCUGGCCAAAGGCCACGCCCACCGCGCUGAGCUACGCCGCUGCGUCUCUGCGGUGGACAAACGAUACCGUGACUUCACGGUCAGGAUGGGUCAGUACCGCCACCUGCUGGAGGCCGCACUGGGUAGCAGUUCUCAGGAUAACAAGGAUUUAGAGCUGGAGCUGAUCCCCAACAGUUUGUCUGACUCGGACCCUGAGGUGAACCUGUCUGACCCGAGUCACCAGGUCAGCGACGAGAAGAGACGCUCCGCUCGCAAAAAGGAGUACAUCAUGGCGGAGCUCCUUCAGACGGAGAGAGUCUACGUCCGAGAUCUACAGGAGUGCAUAGAGACAUACCUGUGGGAGAUGACCAGUGGCUCAGAGGACAUCCCACCUGGUCUGGCCAACAAGGACGACACCGUGUUCGGAAACAUCCAGGACAUCUACGAGUUCCACAACAGUAUUUUCCUGAAGGAGCUGGAAAACUACGAGCAGCUUCCAGAAGACGUGGGCCACUGCUUCGUCACCUGGGCGGAUAAAUUCCACAUGUACGUGACGUACUGCAGGAACAAACCGGACUCCAGUUUACUGAUCCAACAACAUGGAGUCGGGUUCUUUGAGGAGGUCCAGAGGAGACACGGCCUGGCCAACUCCAUCUCCUCAGCUCUAAUUAAACCGGUGCAGAGGAUCACCAAGUACCAGCUGCUGCUGAAGGAGUUGCUGGCCUGCUGCGAGGAAGGCAAAGGGGAGAUCAAAGAAGGUCUGGAUGUGAUGCUGAGCGUCCCGAAGAGAGCUAACGACGCUAUGCAUGUUAGCAUGCUGGAAGGUCUGGAGGAAGGUCUGGAGGUGCAGGGAGAGCUCCUCCUGCAGGACACCUUCCUGGUCUGGGAGCCCAAGUCUCUGAUCCGAAAGGGUCGAGACCGACACCUGUUUCUGUUCGAGCUGUCGCUCAUCUUCAGCAAGGAGAUCAAAGACUCAUCGGGACGCACCAAAUAUCUCUACAAGAGCCGGCUGAGGACCUCAGAGCUGGGGGUCACGGAGCACAUCGAGGGCGAUCCCUGUAAAUUCGCCCUGUGGGUUGGAAGAACGCCAACAUCCGACAACAAGACGGUCCUGAAGGCUGCAUCGCUGGAGCUGAAGCAGGAGUGGGUUCGCAGCAUCCGCCAGGUCAUCCAGGAGAGGCGGGGUCACCUGCGGGGGGCGCUGAGGGAGCCCAUCCCCCUCCCCAAGACCCCCAACCCAACGCUGGUACGACAGCGCAGCAUCACCCGCAGGGAAACCAGCGAGGACGCAGACAGCCUGGGCGACGCCAGCAGUCAGCCCGACACCGUCUCCAUCGCGUCCCGGACGUCCCAGAACACCGCCGACAGCGACAAGCUGUCUGGAGGCUGUGAGUUAGUGGUGGUCCUGCUGGAUUUCACCUCUGCGGGGCCCGGGGAACUCAGCGUCCGCUGCGGUCAGACGGUGGAGCUGGUGGAGCGCUCGGCCGACCGACCCGGCUGGUGUCUGGUCAGAACCACGGAUCAGUCGCCUCAGCAGGCCGACAUGGAGGGGCUGGUCCCGGCCUCCACCACCUCCCCCAGCGCCACCUCCUCCGGCGUCGCCGCCGCCUCCUCUGUCUGCAACUCCUCCUCCUCCACCACCGCCAGCAGCACCGCGCCUUCAUCUAACUCCUCCUCCACUGUGAGCGCCGGCAGGGAGUCUAGUCUGUACGGUUCUGACGGUUCAGGACUUCAGAUCCAAACCAGCAACCAAAGUGUAACUUCUCCUACAGUAGGUGGCGUCGGUGGACCUGCAGGCGGAGCUGCGGGAUCUCCAGGCCCCAAACGCACCGGUUCUGGAACCGGAAACACUCUGAAGCGCUGGUUGACGAGUCCGGUCCGAAGACUGAGUCAAGGAAAAGCUGACGGACAGAAAAAGCCCCCGAUCAGAACCAGGAGGCGGGACAACAGGCCUGAUGUGACCACGCCCCUCACCGGAAACGCACAGACGAAGGCGAAGAAGGACGAAGCUGUGCAAAGUGGCGGGGAGGAGGAGCCUGAGGAAGAAAGCCACACCCCUCUGCCGCCUCCUAUGCAAAUCAUCAAAGACCCCAACAACCCUGAGGGUUUGGAUUCGGAUCAGGGAUCCAACGAGUCGGACUCGGAGCAGAGAAAUAAAGCGCUGAGGGGACGAAUGUUUGUCGUUAAUGAGAUGGUCCAAUCAGAGAAGGACUAUGUGAAGGACUUGGGUGUGAUCGUUGAGGGCUUCAUGUCCAGGCUGGAGGUCAGAGGGAUCCCAGAAGACAUGACGGGCAAAGACAAGAUCGUCUUCGGGAACAUCCAGCAGAUCUACGACUGGCACAGAGACUUCUUCUUGGUGGAGUUGGAGCGCUGCGUCCAGAACCACGACCUGCUGGCCGACCUCUUCAUUCGACAUGUAAGAUCUAAACUAGAUUUCCUGAAGUAUACGAGUAAAGCUGGUCUGGACUGUGAGGAGAUUGAGAAAGCCGUGGAGCUAAUGUCGCUGGUUCCUAAGCGCUGUAACGACAUGAUGAACCUGGGACGCCUGCAGGGUUAUGAGGGGAAGCUGACGUCUCAGGGGAAGCUGCUGCAGCAGGAAACCUUCUGCGUUUGGGAGCAGGACGGCGGCGUUUUAUCGCGCAGCAAAGAGCGCCGAGUUUUCCUGUUCGAGCAGGUCGUCAUCUUCAGCGAACUGCUGCGGAAAGGCUCCAACAACCCUGGCUACCAGUUCAAGAACAGCAUAAAGGUGAGUUACCUGGCCAUGCAGGACAGCGUGGACGGAGAUCCCUGUAAGUUCGUCUUGUGGUCUCGCGGGUCAGCAGAACGCUUCACGCUGCAGGCGUCCUCCGCCAGCAUCAAGAUGACCUGGGUGGAGACCAUCGCCGCCCUGCUGGACGCCCAGAACAACUUCCUGUCAGCUCUCCAGUCGCCUAUUGAGUACCAGAGGAAAGAGGGCGGGAUCUCCGUGACACGCCCCCUGUCGUCCGGGCGACCACCGUCGGCCCCGCCCACUCCUAACGGCCACGCGGCGCAGCCUCCUCCCGACAGCGAACAGGACGACCAGGAGCUGGUUCUGGUGCUGCAGGACUUCGUGGCGGUUCGCGAGGACGAGAUCUCCGUGUUCCGAGGAGAGAAAGUCCAGAUCCUGUCGUCCAACCAGCAGGGUCAGAGCCUGGUUUAUCGGCCGGCCAACAGCGAGUCGCCGGCGGCGGAGGGCUGGGUGCCACGGAGCGUGCUCAAAACGCACUGACGCGCGUUAACGCAGACUAUGACGUCACUAUCUGGUUUACGAUUUCUACACCGCCGCAGGCCGACAGGGUCACCGGCUCCGAGGGAAACUCAGCGAGAAGCCUGAAGGCGGCCAUGCCGCGCGCCGCUCAUCCUUAUUUCAGCUUUAUUUUAUUACAUCAGUGCAGAUAAAAACGGUUUACUUUUCCUCACAUGUGCCUUAGUUCUUUAGUUAUUAGGAUUCAUUUAACGCUAAAGAGAGAAGAGAAGUUAUUUUUGCCAUUUUUUUCUAUAUAAACCUGAUUGUUUCGUCUGAAGCAUCUUGAUUUUUAUUUUUUGUAAAUUAGAUUUGUUUCCAGUUAUUUUUUUUUUAUAUUCUUUCUGGAUUCCAAACAAAAUUUUUCUGAAUUCAAAAGUAUUUUAGGUUAAAACUGAGUUAUAGUUUUGUAAGAGCGAGUUAUUUUCCCGGAUGUUUUAGGUAGAACAUGGGAUUAAACGCAAAGAAAAGCAGGAAAUCUACGGAAGACAAUUAGGGCCACUGAUAUAUUUAAAAAUUUUACUGAUUUUUUUUAUUUUAUUUUGGUAUGAUAUGAAAAAAAAGUCAAAAUAUCGACUUUUUUCUCAGAACUCUGACUCUAAUCUCAUUAUUUUGACUUUUUUUCAUAUUAAACUGAAAUAAUAUUUAAACUUUUUCCGGUGGCCCUCCUGCUCUUCCGUAGCGAGCGUUAGCGUCUGUAGGUUUACCGAAUCGAAGGCCUUCCGUCGACAUCGCCGUCCUUCAGGCUUCACCUUCACUGGGGGGGGCGGAUCCCCAAACACCGUUAGCCUCCCUCCCACUUCCUGGUGCUUCAAACUACAGCAAAAACCGUCCAAUCAGACGCCGCCCCCAAAGCCGGAGCGACCAAUCACCUUCCAUCUCUGGGAUACCUUCACAAACUGUUUCCUGCCGGGAGGGGGGGGCUCGCUGGAAGGUGUCGUCAUCGCAGACU